UUGUAAUUCAGAAGUAUGUGUUAUUAGAAAAGCAAGGUGGGUAGGUCAGUACAGUUCAAACGUCACCGCAGUCAUGCACGUAACGUACGGACGCGAGCAAACAAAUAAGUAGGUAGGUUAAUCAGGCGAGACUCAGCGACGACGUCGAGCCGACUCAAAGUCAUCACCGAGCCCGUCAGGCGCGGCGUAGAGGACAUCCUGCAGUGAUUUGAUAUAAUGUGUGAGUCUGGAAGCAAAAAUAUCGAGCUCCGGGUUAUGCUUUGCCAAUUCAUUAUACUGACGAGCCAUUCUAACUAAGGGACUGUAAAAGGAGGUAUUGUUUUUAAAAAUCUGUAAUGCAAAAAGGUAUGAAAGAAGAUGACAUCUGCGAACUGCUCAAGUUCGAAAGAAAAAUGUUGAGAGCCAGGAUAGCUACAUUGAAGAACGAUAAAUUUAUUCAAGUUCGAUUAAAAAUGGAAACAGGUCCUGAUGGAAAAGCACAAAAAGUGAAUUACUACUUCAUCAAUUACAAAACAUUCGUGAACGUGGUGAAGUACAAACUGGACCUGAUGCGCAAGCGCAUGGAAACGGAGGAGCGCGACGCCACCAGCCGCGCCAGCUUCAAAUGCCCUGCGUGUGGCAAGACGUUCACAGACCUCGAGGCAGAUCAAUUAUACGACAUGAUGACACAAGAGUUCCGAUGUACAUUUUGUAACCAAGUUGUUGAAGAGGACCAAUCGGCGCUACCUAAAAAGGAUUCCAGAUUAUUGUUGGCCAAAUUUAACGAACAGUUGGAAACAUUGUACAUACUGCUACGAGAAGUGGAAGGAAUAAAACUGGCGCCUGAGAUAUUGGAGCCAGAACCAGUAGACAUCAACACAAUCAGAGGGUAA